GUUGUCAAGUUUUGAUUCGAAUUUAGGGGAUUUGCUUGCUAUUAAAGAUCGAUUUGAAAUACUGUCGGUAUCGUGGUCGGUACGUAUGUAUGUACGUACACCAAUUCGGCGUCUUCGCGGGUUCUUCCACAAUUUCUAACCUGUAAUCAGCGAGUGAUCUUAUUUUGAAGAUUAUUUGUGAAUAAGAUCUUGGAGUAAAAUUAAAACAAGUAUGGGUGAAAAUAUUCACGGUACUUUUAUAUCUGAGAAAGUUUCUAGGAUCAGAUGGAAACCUGAUGAUCUUACUGAAGCAAAAUCCUUCGUGACAGGAAGUUGGGAUAACCCGGUGAAUAGUGUUACUUAUUGGACUUUUGACACCAAUGAAGAAGACAAUGAGUCUUAUCCUGUGAUAAUAUCAUCUCACGCUUUCCUCGGUGACGUUACGGAGCUUAAGUUCAUAGGCAGGGAUCUUUUUGCAGCGUCCUCAUCUGUAGGAUCUGUGCAUCUGCUACAAAUACAGGAUAAUCCUUACGCUCAGUUCAAGGAACACGUUUGUUGGGAAUUUAUACAUAACUUCAGAACAUCUGAUUACGCAUCUUGCACUGCAUUGUCUACUUUUGAACAGGACAUAGUCAGUGUAGGAGAAGAUGGUAAAAUAAAUUUAUUAACAGCCAGAGAAAAAACGCCAGUGAGAGUUAUUGAGAAUGCAGAUAGUUGCUCUCUGCACUGUGUAGAUUUCUUGAAGCACAGCGAAGUAUUAACAGGAAAUUUGAGGGGCCACAUGAAAGUCUGGGACCUAAGGAACAACCAAGAUACUCCUACGACAACUUUCAUACUUUCUGCGCAAACAAAGACUAGAGCAACAAGCUUGGCCCAUCAUCCAACUCAAAGACAUAUCGUAGUUGCUGGUGGCGGUGAUGGAAGUUUAACAGUAUGGGAUCUGAGGCAUAACACCUAUCCCAUAUCCCAAUUGAACGCACAUUCAAGCGCAGUUAGCGAAGUGAUGUUUCACCCAGACAGACCCGAAAAUUUAUUCUCUUGUUCAAUCAGCGGGCAACUCUGGCAUUGGAACAACGCGCAGAACUCCAAAUUAAAAUUAGAUUCAGGAGAUAUUCACUGGUUGAACACGAUCGGCACCAGAGGAAAAGUUGACGUAAAUUCGCUCUGUGCGACACUACACAAGCCCAUUAAUUCGAUAGACAUUAACAGAUCGACGCUGCUCUUUGGUUGUGAUAACGAGGCCAUGUAUGUGAUAAAAAAUAUUUCACUAUGAGCAGCGAACAUUGUAACUUUUUUUAAAUAAAUGUGUAUAUAAUAUUGUGCUGGUGAAAAUUACCUUAAGCACAUACUAGUGUUUCAUGUAAUAGAACAAAUAUAAUUUUACACAAUUCA